AUGUUGUCUACAACGAAUUGUGGAUCUACAAACAACAAAAUACAAAAUGAACAACUUGGUCCUCAACCUUUCUUUGGCUUGUUUGGCAUUUGUGGAAGCAUUGCUGUCAUAGGUUUAUUGGCAACCAUUGUUCACUUUGUUAAAAGGAAAGCACAAACAUUUAUGAAUUACCUAUUACUGUCACAGUUACAGAGAGGAUUGCAGAUAAUCAAACUUUUUGCUCAAAAGCAUCCAUACAAGUACAGAAAGACCGCACCUGCCCAAGAUGCAAAUAGUAGAGAGAAUGUAUCUCAAAACAAUGAGCUUGCUACACCAAUUAAACUUNACUCUCUGCGCCUGGUCAAUGCUGAAAUCGAUCACCAUGUAGCUUUUGCUUCAAUGACCCUUCUCUCAAACCCAACCGAGAUCAUAGAACACGAGCUUACAAGGCUCAAGAGCAAGAGCAAUAGGGUGUUCUUGCUUAUUCAAUCCUCCUUGGAGUUUGCCACUUUGCUUUUUCAGAAGGCAAAGCAAAUGGGAAUGAUGGAAAAAGGGUCAGUGUGGAUCAUUGCAGAUGAUGUAGCCAACCACCUUGAUUCCCUUGAUUCUUCUGUCACUUUCAACAUGCAAGGUGUCAUGGGGUGCAAAACCAACUUCCUGGAAGUGAGUGAAAGGUUCAAACGUUUCAAGUUCAUGUUUAGGAGAAAGUUUGCACUGGAAUACCCUGAGGAAGAAAGAUUGCAUCCGAGUGUCUUUGCUCUCAGGGCUUAUGAUGCUGUUUGGACCAUUGCUAAAGCCUUGGAGAGCUCACAGGGAAACUUUUCCUUAUCAGAAAAUAUUUUGCAUAGUGAUCACGAGGGCCUUAGUGGGAAGAUAAGGUUCAAAGGAAGAAUGUUAUUGGAAUCACCAACCUUUAAGAUUGUCAAUGUUGUUGGAAAAGGUUAUAAAGAGUUAGCAUAUUGGUCAAUGGAGUCUGGUUUGAGUGAGAGCCUUGUUGAGCAUGAGGUGGUGAACACAACAACAACUAGUGCUGGUUCUGCUAGAUUGCUUUUAAGUUCUGUGGAUUGGCCUGGUGGGUUGAAAACAGUUCCAAAAGGUUGGGUGUAUAAUAGUAGUGAGAGAAAGCCUUUGAAAAUUGGGGUUCCCGCUGUCGAUCCAUGUCCUCAGUUUGUGAAUGUGAGCCAUGAUAAGAGACUGAAUGAAACCCAAUUCACUGGUUUCUCAAUCAAUGUCUUUGAAUCAGUUGUGCAACGCCUGCCUUAUCACCUGCCUUUUGUUUUUGUGCCAUUUUAUGGCUCUUACGAUCAGAUAGUUGAACAAGUGAACAAUAAGUACCUUGAUGCUGCUGUGGGGGAUAUACAAGUGGUGGAACAUAGAUAUGCAUUUGCUGAAUUCAGUCAUCCAUAUGUUGAAUCUGGCAUAGCCAUGGUGGUGAAAGUAAAGCCAGAUAGAUCCAAAGAAACCUGGAUGUUCAUGGACGCUUUCACAAAAGAAAUGUGGAUGCUGAUGGCAGCAAUGCAUCUGUUCAUAGCAUUUGUAAUCUGGUUCAUUGAAGGUGAAAACAAUUCGGAGCUGAAGAGUCUUGGGGCCAUUCUCUGGUUUUCUGUCACAACAUUGUUCUUCAUACACAGAGAACCAGUAAAUAGCAACUUGGCCAGAGUAGUGCUAGCACCUUGGUUAUUUGCUAUUCUAAUUGUGACACAAAGUUUUACUGCGAGCCUUUCAUCCAUGAUGACAGUGUCCCAUCUUGAACCAGCUGUGCCUGAUAUACAAACACUGCUGAAGACAAAUGCAAUCAUAGGGUGCAAUAAGAACACUUUUUUGGUCCAUUACUUAGUUGAUGAACUCAAAUUCCAGCCACAGAAUAUCAGGGUCUUUGACUCCAUCCAUGAUUUCCCAAGAGCAUUUGAGAACAAAGAAAUUGUGGCUUCUUUCACCAUUGCCCCUCAUGCUGAUGUCUUCCUAGCCACCUAUUGCAAAGGCUACAUCAAAGCAGGACCUACCUUGAAGCUUGGUGGAUUAGGCUUUGCAUUUCCAAAAGGUUCAAGUUUAGCAAUUGACAUAUCUCCCGAGCAACCUUAAAGGCCAUAGAAAGUGGAGAAGUGCAAAAGCUAGAAGAGAAAAUGUUGUCUACAACGAAUUGUGGAUCUACAAACAACAAAAUACAAAAUGAACAACUUGGUCCUCAACCUUUCUUUGGCUUGUUUGGCAUUUGUGGAAGCAUUGCUGUCAUAGGUUUAUUGGCAACCAUUGUUCACUUUGUUAAAAGGAAAGCACAAACAUUUAUGAAUUACCUAUUACUGUCACAGUUACAGAGAGGAUUGCAGAUAAUCAAACUUUUUGCUCAAAAGCAUCCAUACAAGUACAGAAAGACCGCACCUGCCCAAGAUGCAAAUAGUAGAGAGAAUGUAUCUCAA